UUCCCACCACCUUCACUCGCUCGCAGUGUGUUGAAGAGGCUCAUUGUCAGGCAGGCAGCAGUGUCGCUUUAAGAAGGAGGUGGGCAGCGCUCCGAUGACGCAGGAAUAAUCCUGAAAAGAUGCUUCAAAACUCCAGACCAGAGCCAGCGUGUGAGGUGCUGCUGGAGGAGCUGGAAGGAUCGAGCCUGAUCCUGUGAGGAGGGAACACUCAGAGCAGGUCCAGGAGGAACUCUGCAUGCAGAAUCAAACACACACACACUCUGACAGAUCAGCUGCUUUGACACACACAUAAAGACACAUACACACACUCUCAGUUAUAGAGCAUUAAUCCCUUUAACAGCAGAGCUUCACAGCUGAAUGCGCGCUGCAGAGUGGAGCAAACUCCGGGACAGAAACAUCUGAGGAACAUCUCCAACACUUCUCUGGAGCGGGACUCACAGCGGCACCAUGCCGGGUCUCAGCGCGCUCUGGGUCUACUUUCUGCUGCUCCUGAACCCGGUCCUGACAGAAACCUUCACCGAGGACAUAGAGGUUCUGGUGUUACUGCCUCAGAAUAACUCCUACCUUUUCUCUCACGCACGAGUCGCGCCGGCGAUCCUUUACGCGCAGCAGAGCCUGGAGGCGGACGGGGGACCGUACUCCGGGUUCCACUUCAACAUCCAGUUUGAGGACUCGGACUGUGUGAAUGCAGCUCUGUUCAAGCUGAUGGACCGGUCGUGCGGGCAGAAGCCGGACCUGAUCCUGGGUCCGGUGUGUGAGUACGAGGCGGCCGCGGUGGUGAGGCUGGCGUCCCACUGGCACAUCCCGGUGGUCUCAGCAGGUGCUCUGGCCGCCGGCUUCAGCAACAAGAACUCCGAGUACUCCCACCUGACCCGCAUCGCCCCGUCCUACGUGAAGAUGGCAGAGACCUUCAGCGCGAUGUUCGAGCACUUCACCUGGAGGAGCGCGCUGCUGGUGUUCGAGGACGACAAGGAGGAGCGGAACUGUUUCUUCACCCUGGAGGGGGUCUACCACCUGAUGGUGGACUUUAACAUUAAAAGUUACUCUUUCUCCAGAGACGACCGACUGGACACCGAGGACAUCCUGCACAACAUCGAGGAGACGGAAGUGGUGAUCAUGUGCAUGCCUGCUGAUAAAAUCCGAGAGAUCAUGCUGGCUGCUCACAGACGACGGCUGACCGACGGAAACCACAUUUUCUUCAACGUUGAACUCUUCAAUGCCACUUCUUACGGAAACGGCUCGUGGCAGAGAGGAGACAAAAACGACAACGAUGCCAGGCAGGCCUACGCCUCUCUGAACACUGUGACUCUGCUCAGGAGCAUCAAGCCCGAGUUUGAAAACUUCUCCUUGGAAAUGAAGAAGUCCAUCAGAAAAGCAGGAUUUCUGGACUGCAACGACUGUGGAAGUGUCAACAUGUUUGUUGAGGGAUUCCACGACGCCAUGUUGCUGUACGCCAUCGCCCUGCAUGAGGCCAUGAAAAACGGAUUAAGUAAAAAGAACGGGACAGAGAUCACCUCUCACAUGUGGAAUCAAACCUUUGAAGGGAUCGCUGGUCAGGUCUCCAUUGACGCCAACGGUGACAGGAACGGAGAUUUCUCAUUGAUGGCCAUGACCAAUGCGAAAGCAGGAACCUACGAGGUGGUGGCAAACUACUUUGGUGUAAACGGGACUUUCCAGAUGCUGCCUGCCUUCAACAACGACCAUUUCACUCUGAAAGGAAGACAUAAAACACAACCAGACACACCCGACGAAUCCUGUGGACUGGGAGUAUCUGCUUUGACCGGGGUCAUAGUGGGAGCUGUUCUGGGGACUGCAAUGCUUAUAGGAUUCUACUUUUUCAGAAAAAACUACAGGAUUACCAUCGAGCGCCGCACGCUCACUGAGGAAUGCGACACCGGGAAGCACCGUCAGUUACGGGAGGACUCCAUCAGGUCGAACCUUUCAGCAGCGUAAUUGUCGGCAGCGGGCGUCUCUUCACGGAGAAACACACAUCUGAUUGUGACCAAAGACUUUACGCUGGUUAUCAGAGGAACCAUGCUGUUAAAAUAGACAUGUUGUGUUUGUAUCCUUUUAUUGACUUCUUGUAACUCAGGACAGUUGUGACAGUCACAGAGCACCACUUGGAUUUUCCUCCGUAAAAGUAUAUGAUUGUAUUGGUGUGAGUGUGUAGAGUUUUGGCCAUCAUGUCCUCUAAGAUCUGUUUCAGAGAAUGAUUUGACUUUUUAAUCAGAAGCUUUCCCAAUGACUGUGAAUAACUCAUACAGACCAUCAUCUUCAUCACUGAGGUCUCCUCUUCCUCAGGUCCAUGAGAGGCACAGGCCUCAUGUUUUUAAUGGCAGAGCAUAACUAUUAGGGAAAUAUUCAGCUGCAGAGAGAAAUGAUGUACAUCUAAAGGCUAUAAGCUACUGAUAUUAAAGGGAUAGUUCGGAGGGUUUUAGUGGGCUUGUAUGAGGUGCAUUUCGACCAAGAGUUCCAGGGUCUUUUAGCCCCCAGAACUACUUUCCCCUGAACUAAAAGGUUCCUGUGCCCCCAUUGUUGUCUGCGUUUCUACCGUGAUCUAAAGUCCCGGGUAGAUUGUGCAAAUCAGGCCAGUGACGUAUGGAGAAAAAAAAAGUAACUGUACUACACCACCAGACCAGUAGAGGGCAGUAAACAAAGACGAAUACCAUUCAUCACAGAUGACACCAUAGAAGCAGACAGACAGGCAGGUAUCAUUAUGAGCAACACAGUUAGCCUGUUAGCAUGGAAUAGUACCCGAACUAUCCCUUUAAGCUGCUGGUAUUGUAAGGUUUGCGUUUAGGCAGCAGCAGCCUCCACACACACACGAUUCCUAACUCAGCACUUUGCUCCUAACUGAGAAACACUGGGUCACAUAUCAUCAUCAGAGUACAUAUUUUCUGUAGGUUGACGGAUUCACAGGAUUUUUAUUAACGUUUGUCUUUUUAAAUCAUUCCUGCGGGAAGAAUGUGGAUCCAGCUUCUGAUGAGGCGCACCUCUCAGACCACGCUCUGUUAGAGGUUUAAAUGUUUAAAUGAAUCAGCAACUCGGGGAGCAAUCCUUCAAGUGCAGAAAGCUGAGUUAUCUAGUCUGCACAUCCAGGGCCUGAAGUUUUAAAAGAGAUGAACUUCAGGUUCUCUUAAAUACCUGUUCAUCAACAAACAUCCCUCUGAGGUGCUCCUCAUCAGAUCGUGGAUCUGGUGUCAUCACUCAUCGUGAUAUCUCUCACAGAUAUCUAGAAGUGUUUCUCUUUUAUAAACACACAUGCUUUCCAGAAACAGCGGUGACAGCAUGAAACAUAUUUCACUUCACGUUAGCAAACUGUAUUUUGCUUUAAUGUUUUUAGCUAACUCUUUGUCGUUGGGUUGCAUUAUUCAUGCAGGAUUUGAAGACAAGGUUUUUAUAGAGACAAAUAAAGACAGAGAACUUGGUAAAGAA